AUGCAAAAUCAAAAUAUUCACUCGUGGUCUUGGAAUCAAGGAUCAGGUCCUGGUUAUUCGAAUGUUCAACCGAUUGUGCCCACCAAUUUUCCACCUCCUGGGGUUGAACAUAAUCCUAUACUGUCUGGUUAUCAAUCCAUGUAUGGAACUACACCAGGGAUUCCGCCUCCCGAAUAUGAUCAAUGGAACGCUGCUCAACUUCAACAGUGGCAACAGUGGCAACAAUGGCAAGAAAAAUAUCAAGAAUGGCAGGCUCAAUAUGGGAAAAAAUAUGCAGAAUCAUUGGCUGCCGUUGGACAAGCUCCCAACGUUUUGAUGCCUGGUAUCCCACCCGUUAUUGGCAUACCCAAACCCGUUGAUCCCGUACCUGCACCCAUCGCAUCUUUAAUAUCAAAUCCUCCUUUACCUGUCAAUUCUCAACCUGUUCCUCCUCCACCACCCGACGAAGAAAAACCACCGUUGCCUUUUCCUGGGGGUGCGGAAAAUAGUGAUUUGAGUAAAAGCCUUUGCCAAUUCGGACAGGAAAGUUUCGAAGAAUUGUCAGAAGCAGAGAAAACAUUUGACAUACAAUUUAAACAAUGGGAAGGUCAAUUUAACGAAUGGAAAAAACAAAAUCAAGAUCAUCCAGACAAAGCUCAAUAUAUUGAAUAUGAAAAAAAAUGGGAAACUUGGAGGGCACAAUUACUUCAAAGACGGGAACAAAUGAGGAAGAAACGAUUGAGCAAACCAAAUGAACUCUUAAAAGACUUACCAUUGGGAGGUUCGUCCGCGACCGCGACGGCUUCUUUACCUAAAACAACAGAUUCGGAAUAUAGUUACAAAACUCAAUCCGGUUCAAUAUCCCAAGGUUUUUUCACCGGUGAACCCCCCAAAUUCGACAACAAUAAGGUUCCAUUUUUUGAUAAACCCCCGGAAAAUCUUGCCAAUUCUCCAGCUUUUAACAAUUAUCGUUCAGUUUCUCAGUCGGAAAAACUUUCCAAUCAGACAUCGUCGUACGGUAAUUUUGAGGGAGAAGUCAGAGAAGGAGGAGGCGGAGGAGGACAUUUAAAUGAUAAAUUUAAAGGAAAUAAUAAUUUCGAUGCUCAAAGAUUGGGAGGAAAUGUGGAUCACUCGUUAUCCCGAUCGAAAUUUGGAAUACCUCCUCCCCAACGAUUUCCCGCGGAAAAUUUUCGCAGAGAUCUCGAUACCAAUCAGCAAAGAUUUUUACCGGAGAGCGGCAGAGAAUUGUUUGAGGGAGCUAAUCGAGGAUUAAACAUUUUACCGGAUUUUAGAGUGUGUCCGCCGAACAUGAAGCACAUGCAAAAUAUUCCUACCAAACCCAAAGUUCCUAGUUUGUUCGAUAUAACGGUUGAAAAACCACCCGGAUUAACCGGGACCAACAACGGUCGCAAGCAAAAGACGUGGGAUAAAGAUUUUACGGAUUCGUUCGAAGGAAGAGCGGAAGAAAGGGAUUUCGAAAGAAAUGACAAAAUGUGGCCGAACGCGAAUUCGAAUCUUUGGCCCAAAACUUCACCGUCUCCGUGGUUGCAACCGUGGGAAAUUGAAAAAAUGGCGUCGCAAAAAUCUCUCGAACGUGAACCGAGUAAAGACAAAUCGUGGGUUCACAACGUUACCGGAAGUCAAGAAUUAGACAAAACUGAACUCUCGGGAUACGUGGGAAAUAUUUUAGCCAAAUUGGGAAACUUUAACGUUAUGCCGCCGACUUUGCCCCGACGGGAUGAAAAUCAACAGUUUCCGUCGGGAGAUAGCACUACGCAGUCUGAUCCUUUGAGAAGGCAAAAUUGGAAUUUGGAAACCGGUCAAAAAAAUUGUGAAGAAAAACAAAAUUUAUCUCCCAAGGAUCCGUCGUUAAUCCAAAGCGGAGAUCGUACCGUAAGAAAUCGUAACGAAUUGGAAGGAUCCAUCGGAUCCAGGGAUUUGGACGAAAGGGGAAACGAUUUUCACGAUAGAUUGCGAGAGGGAUCCUAUGCUCCGACAAAUUUUGAUCGUCUCAACGAAGUGAAAAGUAACGCCGCGGACAAAACUCAUUUCGGAAACGAUCGUAAUGAUGUUGACGAAAGAAUGAGCGGGAAUUACGAAGAUCGUUUGCCCUUCGGUCGAGAUGAUCGAGGAGGAGGAGGAGGGUUGUUUGUUUCCAAAGACGAAAGUAGAAAUUUCGAUAGGUAUGCCGGAAAAGAAGAUCGGCGUAACUUUAACAACAGCGAUAACAACAGGUUUUACAGUAAGGAUGAUAGGCAGUACGGGAGAGGAAGUAGGGACGAUAGAGGGUUCGGAAGGUACAAGUCUCGGGAAGAUGUCGACGAGAGAUUCGGAAAUAGAAAUUUCAGGAGGGGUUUCGACAAGUUUUACAGAGAUGAGAGAGACGGAAGACUUUUCGAUAGACCCGCGGAUACAUUCGAUCGAUUCGGGAGAACCAGUCGGGAACAGGGAUUGAGUGAACCGAUUUGGAAUCCACAAGUUUUCGAUUAUUCUCAAGGUCACGGGGAAAACAAACAAGCGUUCGACUACGACCACGGAGGAACGAUCAAUGACAAAUUGGAAACUCGAUCUUUCGAUUAUCAACACAAGGGUGAUACUCACACACCAACCGUCAUCGAUUACGGACACGGAGUGGACAAAAACGUUUUACUCAAAGAUGGGAAAAAAGAUAAAUUACGAUGCGACGGGGAUUUCGACGUCGACGAUAGAAUGAUGAAGGGUGGUGGUGGUAGUGGUGCGGGAAUGAAUUCUCCGCUCAGAAGAAGAUCCCGAUCACCGAGAGGACGAGUCAGAUCUCAUUCGGGAUCCCCUCAUUCGAGAUACAAACGGGGCUCUGAUUCUCCACCGUUCAGAGGUGGCCUCAGGUCCAAAAGUCGAGAUCGUCUCGGUAGGCAAAUAUUUAAAAAAGAAAAGAACGGUUUGGAUGAUAAGUUAUCACCGGGAGACGGUGAAGUUUCUAAGCAUUCCUUUGACGUCACAACAAUAUUAGUAGAAGAUUUGAUUUGUCUUCCCGGGAGGGAAACGAGGCCUAGUAAAUUAGUUUUUAUAAUGAGAGGAAUACCCGGAAGUGGGAAAACGUAUGUUACCAAGCUCAUCAAAGACAAAGAAAUCGAACUAGGAGGAGAUCCACCGCGGAUAUUAUCCCUAGACGAUUACUUCAUGACGGAAGUCGAAAAGGAAAUUGUUGAUAAGGAAACCGGUCGGAAAAUUAAAACCAAAGUUUUAGAAUACGAAUACGAAGCCGGAGUCGAGCCUCACUACAGGGGAUCCCUACUGAAAGCUUUUAAGAAAACCGUUUCGGAUGGAUUUUUUAGUUUUAUUAUAGUGGAUUCGGUGAAUGAAAAAACCAAAGAUUACGAAGAGAUGUGGAGCUUUGCCAAACAAAAGGGAUUUCAGGUGUACAUAGCCGAAAUGGAUAACGACGUAACCGUUUGCAAAGGGAGAAACAUACACAAGAGAACGGAAACGGAAAUAUCGGAUUUGGCGAAAGCGUGGGAAGAAACUCCACCGCAUUACUUGAGACUAGACGUGAGAUCCCUCUUACAAUCGGAUGCCAUCACCGAAGUCGAAAUGGAAGUCGUGAGCGAUACGGAAUUGGAAAAAAUGGACGGAGAAGGAGGAGGAGAGGGAAAAGAAGGAGAAGGAGGAGGGGAGGGUGAAAAGACUGCGGGAGGAGAUGAAAAGAAUGAAAGGAAAAGGAAAAAAAAUUCGAAUGAUGGGAAAAACGAGGAUGAUAAAACGGAAGAGUCGGAGCCGACGGAAGAGGAAACGAAGAUGAAAAAAAAAGAUGACGAAGAUGAGGAUGAGUCUGGAGUGUCGACAUUCGUCAAGAGCCGUUGGGAUCAAUUAGAAAAUUCCGAACAAAAUUUAGAUCGUCUCGACGGUUUGAAACGACGUCGAGAAGGUUUUCACGUCGGCACUAUGGAAGAUUAUCUUCAACUUCCGGUGGAUUCGGACGACGAGAACGUUGUUCAUUCGGAAUCUGGAGGGCCGGGAGGAAAUAAGAAAAGAGUGAGAUGGGCGGAUUUGGAAGAGAGAAGACAACAGGAAAAAAUGAGAGCCAUCGGGUUCGUGGUCGGACAAACGGAUUGGAGCAGAAUGACGGAUCCGACGUUCGGUGAAAGCGCAUUGACUCGUACCAAAUACAUAUAA